AUGGCUACCGAAUCGCAUCCAGCAAAUCGAACAAUAGACACUUCAAUCCUGAUCAACGCACCAAUAGCGAAGGUCCGUUCUAUACUUUUCGACUUCAAGUCUUACCCGUCAUGGUCCAAGUUUAUCCAGAAGAUCGAGCCACUGAGCGAUGCUGCCGACGCGCCGCUCGCGGUCGGCCAGCAGUUAGCCGUCACUAUGGGCGAACCGGGGGGAAAGCCAACAACAAUGACCAUGACGGUAUCGCUAGCAGAAGAAAAUGGCUUCGCGUGGGAGGGCAAGCUAGGAGCUUUUAUGAUCUUUGGCGGCAAACAUAUGUUCUUGUUGAGCGACGAGGGAAAUGGACAAACCAAGCUGAGGCAUCGAGAAGAAUUUUUCGGCGUCUUGUAUGCACCUCUCUUUGUGUGGUCUGGCCUGGAAGCGAAGAGCAAGGUGAAUUACCAAACUUUCAAUGAAUCUGUUAAGGCGAAGGCAGAGCAGGAGGAGGCAAAGCUUUGA